AUGAAGGGGCCUGUGCAGAUCAUCCUGGCGAGGCCUGAUCCCCCCAGACAACGUUGGUGGCGGCGCGACGACGACUUCGUCGACGACGGCGACGUCGGCGUACUCCGGAUCGGCCGCAACCUGGCCGCCGUCGACACCACCUUCUCCUCGAGCGACGAAGUCACCAAGCGCUGGCUCGCCGAGGCCUCCGCCGUCGCCCGCGGCCGCCGCCUCCGCGCGCCCCUCGUCGCAGGCCUCGUCGCGCUGCGCGGCCAUGACCCCUCUGACCGCGCGAGGGGCGCCGACUUCAGCCCCAACGACCACGACAACCCGAUCCGCUGCAUCGCGCUCUGCCUCGGCGGCUCCCGCGCCAUCGUCUACAGCCCCGAGGCGGAAGGCUGCCGCGUCCGCAAGGCCAAGUACGACGGCGACCGCCUCAAGUUCUACAGCAACAACAUGACCCAGCUCCGCGCGUUCCUGGACGACAAGCGCAUCACCGUCGCCUGCUUCGGCGCGCGGGAGGCCACGAGGAAGCUGGCCAAGGAGUGGGGCUUGCACGUGGCGUGGCCGGAGGAGCUGACGCAUCUGUUCGCGCUCGCGUUCGGGAAGGUCGCCGGGGUGGAGGCCGAGAAGAAGACGCUGAUGAAGAAGCCCGCCAAGUACUGGAUGGGGAAGGCGGCGCUCGCUAGGGCGAAGGCCAAGGCCGAUCGGGACGACUACGACACCGACGAGGAGGAGGAGGAGGCCACCAAUCUCGGGAAGACGUGGCGCCCGCCGAAGGUGGUGAGCGGCCUGAGCCUGGAGCGCAUGGCGCCGGUGGCGCUCGGGCCGGAGAUGCGUCUGGCGCGCUGCCCGGCGAAGGUGGCGCAGGCGGACUGGGGCAGCUACCACCUGGGCGAGGAGGAGUGGGCGUACGCGACCCGCGACGCAUACCUCUGCUUCGAGAUCGCGGCCUGCUGCCUCCAGAAGCUCGGCGACCCCAUUGGCGUCUGA